AUGCAUCAUCAACAGACACUACUCAUACAAUUCGAGCGGAAUCUUGUUCGCUAUCACAACGGCGAAGAUAUAUCUAUACAGAUUCAACAAGUCAUUGUCGACCGUCUCGAUCAGCUACUUGGAAGGGCUCAUGUGGACGUAAUUGCUACACGCGAAGACCUUGCAGUUAUGCUAUUCCAGCUCGAGCAUUUGCAAGAUGCGAGGCAGUCUCAACUCGAAGUCUUAUAUUUCCAGAUCUGUCGUGGGUCUGGUGCUUUUGCAAGGGGUUCAAGAGAAAUAGAAGAAGCCGUCUACCAGGACCUCAGAGCGAUUGAACACAACGACACACCAAGCGCAAUACAACCACGAACCCGUGUCCUCCUUAACAUCGGGCUGCUCGCAGAAAUUGAGCAUGACUUGUGUCAUUUCUCAAAGGCAAUCGUAGCGCGUGGUGCGCUCGUGAAACUCGCCGAAGCGUGGGGGUGCCAAACUGAGGAAAUCCUGCACUUGAAACACGAUCUUGGGCAUCUGCAUCAACUCUGUGCUACCACCAACGGUAAGGGACUUGCUGGUGAUUCGAUUGAAGAAGCGAAAAGCCUGUUCGAGGAAAUCCUUCGUGAAGAAACGAUACGGUCUCCUGCAAAUAGAAGCCUGAAAUGGGCAACCGAAACCAACCUUGGAUCCAUCUACUGGAGCAAGCAUCGUAACACCGAUGCAAAGCAGAUGCAAGAAUCCAUCUACCGUGACAUAGACGCGCGACCAGUCCUUACUAAAGACGAGGAGUACAUGUUGAUAGAAAGUAUUCGAAAUCUUGCUCUAGCGGCGGACGAUGCUGGCCAUCACGACGAGGCUAUAAACCAUCUUCAAAGGGCUGCAGACAGAAGCGUGAAAGCAUUGGGUAGAAGCGACACAUUCAGCAAAGCGACAAAGGUACUAGGGAAAGACAUGUUUAGCAAAGUCAAUGAAAAGCCGUCGAAAACGACAGGGAAGGAUGAUACGCUCAGCAAGGCGUUGAUGGAACUGAGGGAUUCGUGGAUUGAUGCCCCUGCGAAACCGUACAGGACUCGCAAGCACGACUCGGUGCAAUCUCCGGAGUGA